AUGCCACACGAUGCUGCACCGCGCCCGCAGCAACGAGGGUCGGAGACGGCAAUGAUUAAUGGUAUGUGCGAGAGCGAAGGGUCGGGAGACGAAUCGUCAGAUUUGGAUCGUAAUGCAAUACAGAAGCAGAGACAGAACAGAGACUCACCAGACCUAGCCGGACAGGCAUGUUCUCCACACUUUGGUCAUACCAUAUCACAUGGUAUUGCAAUCUUACAUAUCCGCUAUCAUACCACAUCGAGACCUACGAAAGAUGCAUGA